AUGGGCAAGAAGCGUGUACUCAUCUCGUAUGGAAUUGAUGUCGAUGCUGUCUGUGGUUGGCUGGGGUCCUAUGGCGGACAGGACAGUACCAGUGACAUCAGUCGUGGGCUCUUUGCGGGAACUGUUGGCACCCAGCGUCUACUGAAGUUGUUCAAGAAGUACGACAUCAAGACUACAUGGUUCAUUCCGGGGCACAGUCUAGAGACGUUCCCUGAGGACAUGGCGGCUGUACGCGAUGCUGGCCACGAAAUUGGCCUCCAUGGAUACAGCCAUGAGAACCCUGUUGACAUGAGCAUUGAGCAGCAAAGAGAUGUUCUUGACAAGACAUAUCGCAUGCUGACCGAGUUUGCUGGAAAGCCCCCUCGAGGCAGCGUAGCUCCAUGGUGGGAGACAAGCCGUGAAGGUGCCGAGCUGCUGCUCUCAUAUGGCAUUGAGUAUGACCAUAGCAUGAGCCACCAUGAUUGCCAGCCCUACUAUCUAAGAACUGGCGACUCAUGGACCAAGAUUGACUACAAGAAGAAAGCUCAGGACUGGAUGAAGCCAUUGGUUGCAGGUCAGGACACUGGCCUCGUAGAAAUUCCUGCCAAUUGGUACCUUGAUGACUUGCCACCACACAUGUUCAUCAAGGGCUCUCCAAACAGCCACGGCUUUGUCAAUGCACGUGACACUGAAGAUCUCUGGAGGGACCAUUUUGACUACUUCUAUCGCGAGUAUGACGAGUUCAUCUUUCCUUUGACAAUUCACCCUGAUGUAUCUGGGCGACCACACCUGCUUCUCAUGCACGAAAGACUGAUUGAACAUUUCAAGAAGCAUGAGGGCGUCGAGUUUGUAACCAUGGAGCAGAUGGCGGACGAGUUCAAGAAGAAGAACGCGCCAGCUGCAGGUGCCCUACUUCCAGCUCCCGUGGGAGCUAAAUUGAAGGAAUAA